GGCAAGAAAACGUUGUAAGCAGUCUAUAGGGAGGCUAUCUAUGGUGACAGUGUAUUUGGCGUUCCUGUUAAACAUUAUUUUCGAUUGUUUGCAGUGAUGGGCAGUCGAAGAACACCUUACACAGUGACUCGCUCUAUUUCUCCUACCACUUGCUGUUGCCUUCAUCUCAGAUUUCUGCAGACUGUGCCAGGGACGCUCAAGCUGGCUCAACUGAUGAUUGGCAGUGUUUGUGAGGCCUUGUUGGUGAGUUACGGUCGUGAUGAUGUCAAUAAACCCAUGAUUGGUCCAGCAAUCUUGACCUUCCUCAACACAGUAUCGAGUUGCAUCUGGACAACUACGUUGCUCAUGACCUGUUAUAUCAUCUCACAGAACUCCUAUGGCCUCAUUAGAUCAUCUUUGCUGGAACUGAUGUUCAGCUUACUUGCUACACUGUCUCUGUGUAGUAGCUCAAUCUAUAUGUGUGCUUCUGUGUCACUCAUCCUCUAUCCUCUUUAUGAAACUACUAAAGUAGUAACCAUGGGCUUGGCUGUCACUCACUACCCUGCCAUCAUGGCAUCUUAUAUGCUUGGAUUUAUUCUUACAGCCUUGUACGGUCUAGAUGCAUACCAUGCUUACUGCCAUUUUAAGGGAUAUGCAUGAUUUUAGGUGAUGUAACAAUUUUUUAUAAAAUCUUUUUUUAUAAAAGUAUAAAAACAAAGAUAAAAAGUUUUUAU